UAGAGCGUGGUCACAGUCAAUGUCAAAUACAGAAUAAUCUAUAAUAGAAUAAAUUAUUCAAGAGCAAGUCUGAAGUUUAGACACAAUAUAAAACAUUGAUAAUAUUUUAUACUAUACCAAGUUCAGUGAGUGUGAGGAAAUUAGUCCAACAAAUCUGGUAAGCAAAGCAAACUGAUAGUAAUCAGAGUUUGCAUGAAAGUAUUUCUGUGGUACGUUAUUCAGUGGGUGGAAACUACAUUCGUCUCUAAAGUGGACUUCGAGAUCAAACGUCAUUCGGCGGCAUGUCUCCAUGACAGGCGUCGCCGGUUGCGAGCAAGAAAUAGUAGCCUACUCUGGGGUGCACGGAAUCUAUGGAGAUUUGAAAAUCUGACGGAAUCACACGGAGAACGUCAGGUUCUUCUGUGUUGCAACAGGCAGGCAGGCGGGGCACCAGAUGACUGGUGUGUACUGGGAGUAAGGCUUUGAGCCGUUGUGCUGCGCUGUAUUGGAGCACAAUUCACAGCCAUGCAGCAGGUGCUGGAUAACCUGAGAGACCUGCCCCCCACCACGGGCGCCAAAGACACUGACCUCCUCUUCCUCAGGGGCAUCAUAGAGAGCCCCAUAGUCCGCUCCCUCGCCAAGGCCCAUGAGAGGUUGGAGGAUGUGAAGCUGGAGGCUGUGAGAGACAACAACCAGCAGCUGAUCUCAGAGAUCCUAGACUCCAUUACAGGGCUGAGUGGUAGAGACGCCUCCGCUGAGGAACUAGCCAACAUCCUCCAGGAACCACACUUCAAGUCUCUGAUUGAGGCCCAUGAUAAGGUGGCAGCUAAAUGUUAUGAGAUGCCGCCCUCGGAGGUGAACAGUAAUGCCAUGGCAACCAGCCCUCUCAUGCCCGCUGACGCCGUCAGGAUGAUUGCCAUCCAGAAGAAGGCUGGCGAACCACUGGGGGUGACGUUCAGGGUGGACCGAGGGGAGCUGGUGAUCGCCAGGAUCCUGCACGGCAGUUUGAUCGACCGGCAGGGCAUGCUGCACGCGGGAGACGUCAUCAGGGAGGUGAACGGGCGCGAGGUGGGCAGCGACCCCAAGGAGCUGCUGGAGCUGCUGAGGGACUGCCAGGGGGGCAUCACCCUCAAGAUCCUUCCCAGCUACCGCGACACUCCAGCACCCCCACAGGUGCAUCUGAAACCCCACUUUAACUACAGCCCAGCCACAGACAACCUGAUCCCCUGUAAGGAGGCUGGCCUGGCCUUCUCUAAAGGAGAUGUAUUGCACAUUGUCAACAGAGAGGACCCUAACUGGUGGCAGGCGGUCAACAUUGUGGGAGGAGCCACAGGACUGAUCCCCAGUCAGUUCUUAGAGGAGAAGAGAAAAGCCUUUGUGAGGAGAGAAUGGAAUGGAUCAGGCGUUCUCUGUGGGACACUAACAGGGAAGAAGAAGAAGAAGAAGAUGAUGUACAUGAUGUCCAAGAAUGCAGAGUUUGACCGCCACGAGCUGCAGAUCUACGAAGAGGUGGCCAAGAUGCCUCCAUUCCAGAGGAAGACCCUGGUUCUGAUUGGUGCUCAGGGAGUGGGCCGGCGCAGCCUGAAGAACAGACUGAUCAUCAUCAACCCUCUGCUCUAUGGAACCACCGUCCCCUUCACGUCUCGGCCUGCUCGGGAGGAGGAGAGGGACGGACAGUCGUAUUGCUUUGUGUCUCGGUCCCAAAUGGAGGCAGACAUUAAGGCCAGUCGCUACCUGGAGCAUGGAGAGUAUGAUGGAAACCUCUACGGAACCAAGAUGAACUCCAUCCACGAGGUGGUGGACACAGGACGCACCUGCAUACUGGACGUUAACCCACAGGCGCUGAAGCAGCUGAAGACAGCAGAGUUCAUGCCAUUUGUGGUGUUUAUCGCUGCUCCUGAACUGGACAUACUAAGAGCUAUGCACAAAGCUGUGGUGGACGCUGGACUCACCACCAAACUGCUCACGGAGAUAGAUCUGAAGAAAACCGUGGAUGAGAGCGCCAGGAUCCGCCGGGCCUACAGCCACUACUUUGACCUGACUAUCGUCAACGACAACCUGGACAAGGCCUUUGAGCAGCUGCAGGUGGCCGUGGAGCAGCUGUGUUCUGAGCCCCAGUGGGUCCCUGUCAGCUGGGUGUACUGAGAUACUCCUGUCCUGUCCCCACCUGCUGCCCUGCCUGGUUAGGCUGCUCCCUACUGGGCUGGAGGACACACCGCACGCUGCUGGGCCCAGGAGCACACAGAGACUAGGAAGAGGUUGUCCCUAACCACCACGGUUGGGGUCAAUUCCAUUUCAAUUCAGUUAAUUCAGGAAGUAGACUGAAACUACAAUUCCACAUUUUUCCCAUUUAGGAAAAGUCUAAUUUCAGUGAACUUCCUCAAUUGACUGAAUUGAAGUGGAAUUGACCCCUACAGGGAUGUGAGAGCUGAGGACACAUUGAGAGUUAUGUUUGUAUGGGACUUUACCAUGCAGCUCCAGUGGAGCUUAGCCUCACCAGGCUCAGUCUGCUCUGCACCACAGGCACCUCUGUACACUAUGCAACUCUGGUUACGUCCCAAAUGGCACCCUAUUCCCUAUGUAGUGCACUACUUUUGACCAGCACUACAUAGGGAGUAGGGUACCAUUUGGGACGGAGCCAAUGUUCACAAUACACAAGAAGUGUACUUAUUUAUUGACCGUCGUUUUGUAACUUUUAACUGACUACCUUUCUGUUCAUAUGGAUUUGGAAAGAGAAAUUAAAUCAUGGAGUUGAGGAUGUUUUAAAAAAUAUUGAAUGUUUUAUUUUGUCACUGUUGGUUGCUCUCAACAACUACUAUAUUUAUCAUAACUCUUAGACCAAUAAUACAAGAGUAUUUAUUCUGAAAGGAGGGCAAGGAGGGCUUGCUUUGUGACAAUGAGGAUACCUCAGUGUGUUUAGACCUCUUCUCAGUUUACAUUGCAUACAGUAUCUCCUGGACUGUGUCCCAAAUAGUAUGCUAUUCCUUAUAUAGUGCACUACUUUGACCAGAGCCCUAUCAGCCCUGGUCAAAAGUAGUGCAUAUAGAGAACAGGGUGCCAUUUGGGACACACACCUGGUCUCACUUCACCUUUGACCCCUCCGUGUAGAAUAACAGCCAUUUUCUCUCUUUAAGGCAGACUAAGGGCUGACAGAGAAAUAGUCGUAAUUUCACACCACAUCUGAGAUAUAAAGGUCUCUGUUGCUGUUUCUGGGAUGAGACAAUAAUGUAGACUAAUACUCCGUUCCCUUGUUACGUCGCUUUUCUGUGUUACAAGAUUGUGAAUUGUUUCAUUAAAGGUAGACUCAGCGAGAUGACGUUGCGUGCACAAAGUGAACACGUAAUUGAUCAAUUUCCGCAACAACUAGGAGCGUUGACGCGCGAGGCUAAACUACUCUGUUUUGGUCCCGUACCUACCACGGUGUAACAGUGUGAAGUGCACCCGUGCACAUGCGUAGAUACUCUGUGAGAGCGUAGUCUUGCAUCUCGCUCAUCUCAAUAUCUGCGGUGCUGUUCGUUGCAACACCAUCUUGCGGAGUCUACCUUUUAAUUCCAUUCUAUUGUCAGCGGACGGUCUACUAGUUGGGUCAGUACUCUGUCAGUAAAUGUCUGACUGUUAGCCCAGUCUGUAUGGUGCUCUGUUUUAUGUUGGAAUGGGAAAUAAUAUUUCCAGGAUACUCAUCUUAACAUGGUACUGCAUCUCAGAGAACCAUCCCUUUCUGAUGUGAUAUUACUGAAACUUAACUGUUUUUAACUAAUUGCCAUAUCUAUUUAAAAGUUAUAGAUUUUACAAUUUCAACAGAGCAAAACAUUGUAUUUUCAGAUGUCAAAUAAAUUAACUGGUGUUUUUUAA